AUGAGAUCCCGUUGCCAUAGAACAGGAAUUGGGCACGAGAUACAUAUACGGAUAUGUAUAUAUGUGAGAGAGACCCUGGCAAGCGUGCAGCGGGAGUGGCAGGCCAUCAACAACAGCACAGUCCUCCCGGUGCUGGUCGGGUUCCACGUCCGCAGAACUGACUACGCAAAGCACGCCCAUAAUCUCUUCGGAGGGAAGCUGCCCGGGACCACUUACUUCUCGAGGGCCCUCAAUCACUACAGGCGCAAGUUCUCCAACGAUGUGGCCUUCGUGGUCGCUUCGGACGACAUGGGCUUCGUCAGGAUGAAGCUCGGGAACAACUCGGAUGUGUAUUUCUCCGCGGGUACAUCUGCCUUCGAGGACAUGGCGCUUCUCUCGUCGUGCAACCACAGCAUCGUCACUCUGGGCAGCUUCGGCUUCUGGACGGGGUACCUGACGGGCGGCGAGGUCGUCUACCCGGACGUCCGGACUCAAAGGCGGUACAGAUUUUCUAGAGAAAUGUACGAGAUCACCGGAAUCGCCAACUUCACUCCCAUCUUCCCCGAUUAGCGACUCACCUGGACGCAGAGAUUCCUCAGUACUGUUGUUUAGCAACUUUGCUGCAUCCUCCGGCCCUGGAAUGGUUGAACCAUGUAUGCGCGUAUGUGUGUAAAGGUGUAUGUGCAUUAUACACACACACACAAGGUACACACACACACACACACACACA